AUGACAAAAUCUGAUUUAGAUGAAUUACCUUCAAACACAUUUUUUAAAUUGUUGAAUGACAAUGAAAAUGGCAAUAUAGAUGGCAAAAAGUAUUCUAUUGAUUGUGAACGUAUUGGAAUAGGUUAUUCUGAACAACCUAAAAUUAAGAAAAUUUGCACCAAACUUGAAAAAAAUAUACACUAUUUAGAAAAUGAUCAUAAUAAAAACUAUUCAGAAAAUGUUCUUAAAGACUAUUCAUCAAUUUUCGAUAAGCAUUGUUUUGAUUUGAAUUACUGGUUAUAUGAUGAAUUAAGUAAUAAUCUUCAUGAAAAAAUUCAAAAACAGUGGAAUAAUAUUAACAGAAAUGAUCCAUCUAAUAAUAGUCGUAAAAUAUGUAAACCCCAAUCCGAACUUUUUAAAACAGGAUUAUUCAAACAUACUAAAAAUUGCUUGAUUACUUUGAAAAUUAUGGAACAUUUAAAAAGAAAUGGAAACAGAGAAGACAAAAGCAAAGAAGACAAAAACAAAUAUAUAUUGCGACUAUAUUAA